AUGCCUCAGGCCCAGAAGCACUUCAAAGCUGAAGUGGAGGAUCUAGACCUACCUGUCGAUGAAACCUUUCGGUCGACAACUUCAACUGCCGCCGGAUCAACUGCUCCGCCUACGUCGGGUUCGAACACUCCCCAGAAGAAGAAAGACGAUGAUCCCAAUCGUAAACGCCGGAAAGUUGUCAGCAGCGCAUGUUUAGCCUGCCGCAAGCGAAAGUCGAAGUGCGACGGAAAUCUACCGGCUUGUGCCGCCUGCGCUUCAGUGUACCUCACUGAGUGCAUCUACGACCCGUCAUCGGACCACCGCCGGAAAGGUGUAUACAAAAAGGACAUCGAUAACCUGAAAACCCGGAAUUCGACAUUGCAAACCCUUAUCCAAGCGAUUCUCAACUACCCCGAAGACAAAGUCCUCCAAUUGGUUUAUGAUAUCCGGAACUGCGAGAGUUUGGAUGAUGUUGCAGCCAAGAUCAUGGCCCAGGCCAAUGACGAGAGCGGUGCUGAGGAUGAAUCUGAUCUGGAGGAACGUACAGGAUGGGAUGAUACGUUUUCUGAUGCUCCGCCAAGUUUGGAAUCCGAUAUAUCCGACAAAAUCGGGGCCUUGAGUAUGAACUCCCACGGCCAAGUGAAGUUUAUAGGAGCGACUUCAAGCCUUAGCUUGCUACCGAUGGGUAUGGCAAGCAGCGCGAUGACUGGUGAUGCGACAGCGCUUCCCGAAGACCCAGUGGCAAAUCAUCAGGACCCAAUGACUUCAUGGACAGAAGUCACCAAGGAUAGAGACUUGGUGGUUCACCUUAUGAACAUGUAUUUCACAUGGCAUUAUCCUUACUUUACGACACUGUCGAAACGACUCUUUUUCCGAGAUUUUUUAAAAGGCAACCCGGGCAGAAAUUCUCCAGAGAGCAAAACCUCACACUGUACGCCAUUGCUCGUCAACGCAAUGCUUGCGCUUGGUUGCCAUUUCACUACCGUGCCUGGGUCCCGAAGGAAUCCUUCAAAGCCAGAGACUGCCGGCGACCACUUUUUCCAAGAAGCGAAGAGAUUGAUCAUGGAAAACGAUGAACAUGAACAUCCCAGGCUGACCACUACACAAGCUCUUGCUCUGAUGUCAGUUAGAGAAGCUGGGUGUGGCCGGGAGGCUCGGGGUUGGGUAUACAGUGGAAUGAGUUUUCGUAUGGCCUGUGACCUGGGUUUGCAAUGGAAUCCUGAUGGCUUGCCCGGUAUGAGUGACGAGGAAAUCGAUGCUAGGAAGAUAACAUUCUGGGGUUGCUUCCUGUUUGAUAAAUGUUGGAGUAAUUACACUGGGAGGUUGCCACAAUUACCGAGCUCAUCAACAACGACACCCAAAUAUGAUGUUUUUCCAGACGAAGACUCAGAAAUAUGGACCCCGUACACGGAUUGCGGACUUACACCUGAGUUAUCACAACCGGGAAGAACAAGGGCAGUGAAUUCUUACCUCAUUGGUUUGUGUGAAAUCAGUAAUGAUAUCCUUUUGGGCUUCUACCAGCCAGUGAGAGGUGGCACAACAAAAGAGCCCAAGCUAGGGAAAGGUCGAGGUGGGAAAGAUGCCGAAAUGAAGAAGCUCCUCGAAUUGUAUAAUCGACUAGAGGAAUGGAAUCAAAAACUGCCCGCAGAAAUGGUGGCGAAGGAGGGCGCCUUGAUGAGCGUUCUGUUGAUGCACAUGUUUGGCCAAGUUCUAUAUCUGCUGUUAUUUAGGCCAUUCCUCAAAGUGAAUCCCGGGUCUGCAUCGUUUCCCGCAAACCUGUCGCCAAAGAGAAUAUGCAUCAACGCAUCGACGAUGAUAUCCAAGCUGCUCCGCCUUUACAAGCGAACAUACGGCUUGAAGCAGAUAUGCAAUAUUGCGGUUUAUAUUGCCUUAUCCGCCUGCACAAUCCACUUGAUGAAUAUGCCGACGAAAACGGCAAAGAGGGAUAUUGUCCAGGGCGUUAAGUGUCUUGAGGAAAUUGCAGAGUAUUGGUUGUGUGCUAAGCGAGCCCUGAUUAUCAUCAAAGUAAUCUCGAUGAAGUAUGCGAUAGAGUUGCCUCCGGAGGCAGAAGUCGUCUUCUCGCGGAUAGAUACGACAGGCGAGAUGUUUGGAUUUUCAGUCAAGGAUUUGUUCGGCACGACCCAAAAAUCCGAAUCCCCACCACAGCUCACAAAACGUCCUCCUUCCACCCGAGCCCCACCACCGGGAGCCCCACCGGGCCCUGGCGCCACAGUUGUUAUGCAGCUCACAUCAAAUGCCAAGCAGGUACCAACGCUAGCCGCUACAGAGUAUGGGAGCCCAUAUGUCAGCUCGGGGGGGUCGAUUAUCGCGUCGCCACCUCAGAUAGUGCCACAAUCUGCCCCUCCAAUGGCGCAGACGAUCCCCACAUCUAGUCUUUUCACACCCUACUUUGAUCCGGGUGCCAGCCCUGCUAGUUCGUAUGGUAGAGCCCCUGCUAGUACAGGCUCUCCCCCACAGCCGCCAACAGCUGCCCCCGCAGUAACUAUCGCGGCCAAUAACGCAAACAGCCCGAGUAUGUAUUCAGGAUAUGGGCAGCUCGAGGAUCAAUCGCAGGACUGGUGGCUUCGAGAUCAGGCUGAGCUCGCCCAGGACUUUGGAAGCUGGGACUUUUCGUCUCAUGGUACGAUUAGUCCGGAACCCUUCGAGACACAAUACUCACCAGCUCCGCCUAUAUCAGUGAACGUCCAGCCGUAUGUGCAGCGAGUUCAAACGACAGAACCUCAGCAGCAGUCGAAUUUCCCUGCGGCAAAUGGCUACGAUCCAAAUAUGUACUGGCCUUAG